CCCCUUUCCGGUGUGGUGCAGCAGUAUGCCUGGGGGAAGACAGGUUCUAACAGUGAAGUGGCUCGGCUGCUGGCCAGCAGUGACCCGCUGGCCCAGAUCUCAGAGGACAAGCCAUAUGCAGAGUUGUGGAUGGGGUGCCAUCCCCGGGGAGAUGCCAAGAUCCUUGACAAUCGCAUCUCACAGAAGACCCUAGGCCAGUGGAUCGCUGAGAACCAGGACUGCUUGGGCUCAAAGGUCAAGGACACCUUUAAUGGCAAGCUGCCCUUCCUCUUCAAAGUGCUCUCGGUUGAAACUGCCCUGUCCAUCCAGGCACACCCUAACAAGGAGCUGGCAGAGAAAUUGCACCUCCAGGCUCCACAGCACUACCCCGAUGCCAACCAUAAGCCAGAGAUAGCCAUUGCCCUCACCUCCUUCCAGGGUUUAUGUGGCUUCCGGCCAGUUGAGGAAAUUGUGACGUUUCUGACAAAGGUGCCCGAGUUCCAGUUUCUUAUUGGAGAUAAUGCAGCAACACAGCUGAAGCAGAGCCUGAGCAGUGACUCCCAGUGUGUGGCCUCUGCUCUGCAGAGCUGUUUCUCCCACCUGAUGAAGAGCGAGAAGAAGGUGGUGAUGGAGCAGCUCAACCUGUUGGUGAAGCGGAUCUCCCAGCAAGUGGCUGCUGGAAACAACAUGGAGGACAUCAAUGGGGAGCUCUUGCUGCAGCUGCAUCAGCAGUAUCCAGGUGAUAUUGGAUGCUUUGCCAUCUACUUCCUGAACCUGCUUACCCUGAAGCCAGGAGAGGCCAUGUUUCUGGAGGCCAAUGUGCCCCAUGCCUACCUGAAAGGAGACUGUGUGGAGUGCAUGGCGUGUUCAGACAAUACUGUUCGUGCUGGCUUGACACCCAAGUUCAUCGAUGUGCCAACUCUGUGUGAAAUGCUCAACUAUACCCCCAGCAAGGACAGGCUCUUUCUUCCAACACAGAGUCAAGAAGACCCCUACCUCUCUAUCUAUAACCCCCCUGUGCCAGACUUCACUGUCAUGAAGAUGGAGGUCCCUGGCUCCAUCACUGAAUACAAGGUUUUGGCAGUGGACUCGGCCAGCAUCCUCCUGAUAGUACAGGGAAGAGUGACAGCCAGCACUCCCACAGCCCAGACACCAAUCCCCCUGCAGCGUGGUGGGGUGCUCUUCAUUGGGGCCAAUGAGAGCGUCUCACUGAAGCUCACUGUGCCCGAUGACCUGCUGAUGUUCCGAGCCUGCUGCCUGCUGUAGAGGCCACAGCCUGUCUGGCUCUCCUCUGAGUUACCCUAAAUCCUAGCCAGCCUCUCAGGCCCAGCUCAAACCCUUCCCUGUUCUGGACUUGGGUGUGCACUGGAAGAGCUGGGGUAGAGUAGCAAGCUUGAAGGUAGUGCCUCCUGAGCAAGCCUAGGACAAACCGUCAUCUUUCUCUUGGGAGAAGGACCCCGAUGAGAACUAAGAGCAGACACUCCCCUUGUAUUCUCACCAUACCUCAGCCAGGCUCUCCUCAAGGCAGGAGGCAGCAGCUGUUCCAGCUUUUGGCAUUAAGCAGGCUGCUAAAAUCUAGUACUAUUUCAGCAUCACUCACAGCAAAAGGAUAGGCCAUUUCUAAGAACAGGGUUCUGGCCCUGGGACUGCCCAUUUCCUCAAACGCAAAGGAGGGAAAAGAGUAGGCCUAUGGACUCAUUACUCAUUGCCACCCUCUGACUCUGUCAAAGCAAUUAAAGAUCAUUGUG